GGUGUAGAUUUUUGCUCGGUUGAAACCCUAGGUGCUGGGACUUGCAUUUGAGGGUUUUGUCUUGUUCCCUGUUUUUCGUUCUCAUCGCGUCAUUGUUCUGGCCGAAACGAGGGCUUCAAGUUUUGUCUGUACUUAUAAUAACCGAAAUUGAUUUCGGCCGAAAUGUGGGUCUUCUGGGUGUCUUGCCGUUGGCUGAAGAUGGGGUCAUGGACAAGCUCCUUACAUAGUUAGGCAGGACUGGGGCUGUUGCGGCAAUUCACUGGAGUAAGAAUGUUUCUGUAGGGAUAACAAAUCUGAGUUAAGCCUUUUUUACAAGUGGAGCAGCAAUUUUCUGCGGUGAGGUUUGAGAUCAAGGCGAACUGGUGUUUUUCUUAUUAUAUUUGAUCAUGUUCUCUUCUUAUGGAAAGAAGUGAACCCACAUUAGCUCCACAAUGGUUGAGAAGUACUGGAAGUGUCAAUGGGAGUGGCAAUGCAAGCCACUCUUCUGCGUCCUCUUUGCGCUCGGACUUUCCUUCCUCUGCACGCUCUACGAGGUUUAGAUAUUCUAGGAGCAAAAGUGAUAUAGAUGCUCCACGGUCUGCAUUUUUAAACCAAAUAUCUUCAUCUAAUUUCGAGCGUAGUUCAAGUAGUAGUGGUUCCUCAAAGCAUCCCUACAGUAGUUUUGGUCGGACUCGUGAUAACAUUCGUGACAAACAGAAAGAAAGCAAUGUUAGUGGGGACUCCUGGGGACCGAACUGUUCUGAUCCCUUGGGUGGCAUCUUAAUUAGUAGGGCCAAGAAGGAUUCCAAGUCGCAUUCUGGUUCACUAAAGUGUAGAAAGCCUGGAGAAGUGUUAUCUCAAAGGACUGUGGAUGUAAAAAAUUGCCGGAACAACAAUAGUAAUAGCAGAAAUGGUGUUUUUUGUGGUGGCAGUUCUGUUAGUAGCAUCCAGGAAACUGCAUUUGAAAAGGAUUUUCCAUCCCUUCGAAUUGAAGAGAAGGAAGUACUGCUUGAUCUCAGAAGAGUUUCAUCUCCUGGUCUAAGCAUGGCUGUACAGGGCUUUUCUGCUGGCAAUGCAAGCUUGAUUUGUGGUGAGGGGUGGACCUCAGCUCUGGCAGAGGUGCCCCCAAUAACUCGCAGCAAUAGUAUGGGGCCUUCAUCUACUCAACAAAGUGUAGUUGAAACCCCACCUGGGGUGUCAGGACCUACGUUUCUUAACAUGGCUGAGGCAUUGUUGCAGGUUCCUUCUCAAGCUUAUGCUACUCCUCAGCUGCCUGAUAAGACACAGAGGCUUGAGGCAUUGGCCAUAAAGCAAUCCAAGCAAUUAAUACCCAUGACACCCUCAGUACCUAAAGGCUUGCUUAUUGGUUCUGAUAGAUCAAAAUCCAAAGCAUUUAGAACCAAUGAAAUGGUUGCACCUGCAAAGUGUGUGCAGCAGCAGGUCCAGUCUUUCCAACUUACCAAUCAGUCUCUUUGCACAGAAGAAGUAAGAUCUGAAGCUUCAAAUUCAUCUCAUCCUGGGAAGUUUCUCAUUCUUAAGCCAGGGUGGGAGACUGGUGUCUGCUUGAUGGCUAAGGAUGUACCAGGAGCAGCUAAUAAUGCCAGCAGAAUAGCAAAUAAUCAGCUUUCUCCUUCUUCAGUGACUCCUACACCUUUCCUGGCCCCAGAUAGUUCAAAGCAUUCCACAAUUGAGUGCAAGGUAUCGGCUCUGGCUCUGAAUUCUGAAUCUACCAUGAUAAAGAGGCCAUCCCUGUCUCAGGCACAGAGCAGGAGUGACUUUUUCAAUCUGAUGAGGAAGAAAACAUCGUCAAGCUUGUCCACUACACUUACUGUGUCAGAAGUUCCUCCAGCCGAGGAGAAAUUGGACCAGUCAGACAGGGGACCUAGUGUUCCUGUUACACCGAAUGCCAAUGAAGUGACUAGCAAUGGUAAUGCUUAUGAAGUUGACAACAAAUCUUGCACUAAUGGUCCAAUUUGUCCAGAUGAGGAAGAGGCUGCAUUCCUUCGUUCUCUUGGUUGGGAGGAAAACAGUGGAGAAGAUGAUGCCCUUACAGAGGAGGAGAUCAAUGCAUUUUAUGAGGAGUGCGUGAAACUGAGGCCAUCCUUGAAAUUUUGCAGAGGCGUGCUGCCUUAACUUUCGAAUCUUUCAACGCUUUCUGAAUCAAAUGUGUGACUAGUUCAAGCAGAGCAUCAUCGGAUUUGAGGGUUUCUGGAUCUGAAGCUGAAGCUUGAUUUAAUGGUUCGUUUUCUGUUUAUUAUUAUUAUUAUUAUUCUUUUAGAGGAAAGCUGAUGAGAGUGCAGGGUGGUAAAGUGGCAGGUUGUAGCUUGAAUGAUAAUGCUCCAAAUCAGACACGGAGAGAGGGGACCCAAUCCUGUCCUGUCCAUUAAAACUGGGGAAUUUGUAGGAUAGAGAGAACAUGUUGAAUCUUCUGGUAGUUUUUGCAAAAAUUCCUUUUCUUUUUCUUUCGGGAGGUUUUGAAAUUUUUAGGCUAAAAGCUUAUGAUAUUUUGGUCAUUUUCACUGGUGAAAGAAAAAGGGUUGAUGAA